ACAGAGACCGGGUGCAGGGCAAGUGUAGAGCAAAAAACAAGGACGGUGCAAGGUUGAGGGGAGCGAUGAGGAGGUGGAGCGAAACCGGGAAAGGCGCGUGGCCAGGAGCGGCGGUAAGGGCGGGACCCGGAGAAACAGCGGAGGUGGGAUCUCGCUUCCCAGUAGAUGCAGGACCUGGGGCAUCAGCGAGGUCUGGAGCAGAAGCAGAGCCCAGCGCAAGAGCAGGGGCGGGACCAGGAGCAAGAGCAGCGUGUGGGGCAGAAGUCCUAGCAGAGGCUAGACCCGGAGCAGGUGGGGGGGCAAAUGCAGGAGCUGGGCGAAGCAAGGACAGAGGUGGCAUCUCAGAAGGUGGCCCAGGAGCGCAGUCUUGCUAGCGGGUGUUGACUCCUGCGUUCUCCAGGUUCCAGCCACGCUGCGCGCUGCCCCGUGAUGAGCCCUGCUGGCCCUUCGUGGCCGAGACUCCGAGCCCUGUGGGUGCUGUGGUCACUGAUGGCGGUGCUGUUGUCACCGUGGAGUCUGUGGGCUGUCGAGGAUAACCAGGAGUGCACCUGGCAGGUUGUCCUGAACAAGUUCGAGACGGUAGGCAAGAACCAUGGGAGUGACCGCUUCUUUGAGCAAGAACUCCUGGACACAGUGGACAAUUUGUUUAGUCUUCUGGUGGACGCGCCUAUCGACCCGGAGGAGAAAUACCUGGGUUUCCCUUACUACCUGAAGAUCAACUACUCCUGCAAAGGAGAGUCGUCCGAGGCUCUGGUCCGCAAGGGCCACCUGACGGGGCUGAAGCCUGUGGUGCUGGUCAUCUUCCAGUCCCCAGUUAAUGUCAAUCGCUGGAAGUUAGAACACCUGCAGAUCCAGAUGGAGGCAGCCCCUUUCCGCAGCGAAGAGCAGUGCAGUGCAGAGGAGAUGUGUAUCAUGAGCUGGUACACACCCAUGCCCAUCAAGAAUGGCAGUGUGGUCAUGCGUGUGGAUGUCAGCAGCAAUGGUCUCGGGCCCUUCAUCCCCAAUAAAAGGUUUCUGGUGAACAUCAAUGGCUUCUUGAAGAGACAGCAAGACAACAGACUCCAGUUCACUGUGGGAAAUGAGCUCUUCAAUCUGAUACCCCGGUACUUUGUGAAUGCCCCAUCGAGGCCCCUGUGGUAUACUGUGGACCAGACACCUGUGCUCAUCCUGGGUGGAAUUCCGGAGGAGAAGUCAGUUCUGCUGACUGACACCAGCUUUACGGACUUUUUCCUUGUGGAGUUGAGCAUUGACAGUUGCUGGGUAGGCUCCUUCUACUGCCCCCAGGGUAACUUCACCGCCACCAUCUACGAUGCCAUCGCCACAGAGAGCACCCUUUUUAUUCGGCAGAACCAGCUCGUCUACUAUUUUACAGGCAACUAUACCAUACUCCACGAGAGCAACCAUGGCAGCGAGAGCUGGGUUCGUGUACUGCCCAACGAGUGCAUCAAGAAGCUGUGCCCCGUGCAUUUUCAUGGAAAUGGCUCCGAGUACAUCAUUGCCCUCACCACUGGGAAGCACGAAGGUUAUGUCCACUUUGGGACUAUUACAGAUGGCCUUGUUUCCUUCCAGAUGCUGCCCAGGCAGCAGUCCGUGUGCGAAAGGAUACAAGUUGUCAUCUGUUCCAUAACCUGGGCUGUAUACACUGAGCUUAACUACAACCUACUGCUGCUGGUGGAGAUUGAAGACACUGCUGCCAGGAAGUAUUUCCAGAUGGUCGGUUACAACCUGGGUAAUUGGGGUACUAUGGGUGGGGGGCUUGAGCGCACCACAGACAAUGGGAGGGAAAUGUUCCUCGUGUCACUCCUAGUCAAGGAGCUACAGGAGGAGGGGAAGGUAGAGGGGGCCUCAAAGGUGAGUGGGAGCCAGGAGGGAUCCUGCCUCACUACUGUGUCCACUCUGCCUCUGCCCCCGCCAGCUCGAGGCUUGAAGUUCCUGAUGAUCCUAGGGACAGAGUCUUACACCAGCUUCCCGAUGGUGCCCAAGGGCAUGUCCUACAACUCAUUUAAUAAUCUGCUGUUCAUCUGGGGUAACUUCCUCCUGCAGAGUUAUAACAGUGAAAACUUCAUCUACCUGGCGGACUUCCCCAAGGAGCUAUCCAUCAAGUACAUGGUCACCUCAUUCCAUGGAGACAUAGCUAUUGUCACUGAGACUGAGGAGAUCUGGUACCUCGUGGAGGGCAGCUAUCACGUGUACAAGUUGUUCCCAUCCAAGGGCUGGAAUGUGUACAUCAGCCUCCAGGUGAUGCAGCAGUCCUCUCUCUAUGCUUCCCAUGAGACCAUGGUCACCCUCUUCUAUGAAGACAGCGAUCUGUACCAGCUGGUGUACCUUGUGAAUAACCAGCAGGGCCAGCUCAUCAAGAGGCUUGUGCCUGUGGAGCAACUUCUGAUGUACGAGCAGCUCAGUGACCCCCACUCCCUGGAGCAGCAAAAGAGUCACCUGAAACUCUCCUUCACCAACUUCUGCCCCUUCGCGUUGAUGCGCCUGCGGGACCUGCCGGACCAGAAGAUCUACACGCGCCAGGAGCUCUACUGGGCGCGGCCGCCGGGCGUCCUGGAGCCCUCGGGCUUCCACACCGAGAACUCACUCGCUGUCUAUCAGGGGCUCGUCUACUACCUGCUCUGGCUGCACUCCAAGUACCACAAGCCUUAUGCCGACCCCGUGCACGACUCCACCUGGCGUUGGUGGAAGAACAAGAAACAGGACCAGGACUACUACUACUACCUGGUGAGCAACGGGAAGAGUGCGGGUAACGUGCACAUUGACAUGGCCAACUACAAAAAGAUCUACGACAUCAAGACUGAGUACCAGCUGCCGGAGCGCAUCUUCCUGGAUAAGGGCACCAGCUACAGCUUCUCCAUCUUCCUGACCUUCCGGGGCCACUCGUUCAAGUCUGAGCUGGAGCCAGGCAACAUCUUCCAGCUGCUGAGCCAGGUGGACCUGGGCGUGGUGCUGGCCGACCCCAGCUGCAUUGAGGCGGUGGUGAGGCAGGAGGUCCUUAUUAACCGCAACUCGGUGCUUUUCAGGGUUUUGCUCCGUGAUAAAAGUGUUUGCUUUGAUCAGGGCAUUAGUGGCCAUCACCUCAUGAAGACGGCCAUGCUGGUCAAGGUGGCGGGGUCAGCUGGGCACUGCGUCCAGAACACCAUCCAGGGGCUCCGCAUGCAAGGUAACUUGAUGGUGCCAGUGCUUAUAGGCUGUCCACCGGGAAAGCGCCUGGCCUUUGACAUCACCUACACCCUGCAGUACAACAACUUACAGAACAGACACUAUUUUGACUGCGUUCACGUAGAUCCUGAGAUGCCCUGCUUCCUCUUCCGUGACAUCUUCCACCCAUUCUUCUUGAUCCAAGAUUUGGUGACGGGAGAGUCUGGCAGUUUUGAGGGCAGCUAUGUACUGAAGGUGGUGGGCGGAGGUCCCACCCUGGACACCAUCAAGGAAUACAGCGAGGAGGAGAUUUACCGCUACAACAGCCCCCUGGACAACACCUACAGCCUCAUCUGGACCACCAGGAACUCAACAGCCACCAAGGACUUGGCUUUCAACAUCAUGUCCCACAACAUGGGCAUUGAGUGGCUGUGUCUGGAGAACUCUCCAUGCCAUGACACCGUUCCCCAUAGCAUCUUCGCCCCCGAAUUCUUCUUCAAGGUGCUGGUGAGCAAUAGAGGUGUAGACAAGAGCACAUACUGUGACUACCAGCUCACCUUCUUGCUACAUCUACACGGGCUUCCACUCAGUGCCAAGCGAGCCCUCUUCAUCCUCAUGGUUUCAACCAGUGUGUUUCUUGGCCUGGUGAUCCUCUACAUCAUCAUCUGCCUCUUGCUGCCCCUUAUGUUGAAGAUGUGCAAUACCCUCCGUUGGAAGAUCAACAACAUCUUCACAUCAGAUUCCUUCUAUACCUACAGCUCCUCUUCUAUAGCCUUCAGCAGGUCAUCUGAGACCAAAUCUAGUGUUGGCUCCAAAGUUGGCUCCAAGGUGGCAGUGAACAAGGCUGAACCUGAGGAAGUUGUGAAGAAGUCACUGACCUAGGCCGCUUACCUGGCCCAUCCACUCUCAUUCCUUCCUUCCUGGGCCAUCUUUGAAAUGCAACUGUCACCCAUCCCAAACCUGUCUCUCUGUUUUGCUUAAAUUUUCAUUUCUCUUUCAGACCACACAGCCGCAUAGGUCAUUAAAAUACCAAAGUCCUUCUGUGCCAGCUGGUAAAUAGCGGCUUCUCUAUGUGCCUGCCAACUAAGCCCCCCGCUAGGGCGCCCAUGACCUCUCUACAGUCCAGCAGGGUCCUCCAUGACCCAGGCCCAUUGCUAUGG